CCAGCUCCAGUCCCCGCAGAGUAAAAGUCACGUUGGAAGGAAAAGGGGAGAGAGAUAUCUACUUACAGCUGCUGUCAGAUAUCCGAUCGCAUUCGCAUGGCGAGGAGGUAACCUGAUCGAGCUGGGAGGAGUGACUUUACCAGGGAAGGCUUGAACAAAAAAAAUGUCUUCUUCUUCUGCCGGAGAAGUCACAACAGCUAAUGACAUCAAGAGGGAAAAUGUAAAGGAAGUGGAUAAGCGGGAGUGCAUCAAGCUUGUGGCGCUGGACGCGGCGGAGUUGUCCAUGGAGCGCACGACUCCCAACGCAGACACGGUGCGCACGGAGCUGUUGGUGAGCGCCGCUUCCUCCCUGGCUUUCUCCCCGGAGCAAGUGGCGUGUGUCUGCGAGGCUUUGCAGCAGGGAGGCAAUGUGGACCGGCUGGCCAGGUUCCUGUGGUCCCUACCACAGAGUGACCUGCUACGCGGCAACGAAAGCAUCCUAAAAGCCCAAGCCCUCGUUGCUUUCCACCAGGCUCGGUAUCAGGAGCUGUACAGUAUUUUGGAGAACCACAGUUUCAGCCCGUCCAACCACACUUUUCUGCAAGAUCUGUGGUACAAGUCCCGGUACACCGAGGCGGAGAAGGCGCGGGGGAGACCCUUGGGCGCAGUGGACAAGUACCGGAUCCGGAGAAAGUACCCUCUCCCCAGGACUAUCUGGGACGGCGAGGAGACUGUUUAUUGUUUCAAGGAGAGGUCCCGAAACGCGUUGAAGGAUCUGUAUAAUCAGAAUAGGUACCCCUCUCCUGCCGAGAAAAGAAAUCUCGCCAAGAUUACAGGACUCUCCUUGACCCAGGUCAGCAACUGGUUCAAAAACAGGAGGCAGAGAGACAGAAAUCCUUCCGAGGCACAAUCAAAAAGUGAAUCCGAUGGUAACCACAGCACAGAGGAUGAGUCUAGUAAAGGUCAGGAGGAGUUGUCUCCCCGACCCCUCUCUAACUCCUCAGAUGGGGUGAUCACACAUGGGACCCUUCCCAUUCAAACAGGGCCUCUGGACAGUGGGGUGGUCAUUCAGCAGAUCGGGGAUAUCAAGAUGCCCCCCGGUUCCAGCAGUGGUGGUCUCUACAAUGGCAGUCUAGUAACAAGCAACACCUCCUCCACCGUGUUUCACAAUGGUAGCUCGUCUUACCUCCACACACCCGGAAACAUCCUCUUCAACGGGCUCAAUUUGGGCAUCCAGCCCUUGGCCUUCAACCCUCUGAGGCCGUCUGGUGGGGUUCUGCUGGGGGGCUCUGGAGUGGACAUGCAGAUGCAGUCGGGGCAGGAGAAGGGACUGGGCAGCUCUGCUGAGGACUCAGCCCUGCAGUAUGGCUCCUACUCUGGCUGUGUGAAUGGGGCGGAGGUGAAGCUGGAAGGGGUUCACACCAUGGCUGCUCAGAACGGGGGCUCCUCUGUGCUGACGUUCAGCUCCUCAUCAGGUGCACUCCAGCUGGGCGGCUACAACCUGGUGCAGGUACCGAGCGGAGUGUCUGACAGUGAUGGCAGCUCAUUACUCAACAGCAACGUAGGUCUUCCUCCCCUGCAGCUCUCUUCUUCGUCUUCUUCCUCAACUCCAGGUACCAUGUCUCUAAACAACGUAGCAGUGAGCUCCUCCAACGAUGACUCGUUCCAGCAGCAGGAAAAGCUGACCAUGUCGUCCCUGCACCACAGCACAGUCCUCUACAGCAUGAGCAACGUCGGCCAACCGUCCAUCAAGAAGGAACCUCUGGAGAGAGGCGUCUACUCCUCGUACCACCACGGACUCCACCUGGACCCCAAUGGUCAGAUUAGCUACACUACCCCCAACUCUCAAGAGAUUCCCUCUAGCCAAGGUCCCAUCUCAGCCGCGGAGGUCCCCACCAUCACAUCGUCCAGCCCAGAGCCUGAGGUCUACACCACCCUCACUGUCAGCACACCCCUGAUGGCCCAAACGGACCCAAGCAGCCACCACCACCUUCAGCCCACGGAGUACCUCGGGGGCCACGAGGUUAGGGGAGGCCACCUGAUGGGCCCCGGCAUGAACAGCGAAUACAUGAACCUGUCAGAGAACAAGGUGGACGGCUCGGGCUCAGGAGGAGGCGUGAACGAGAUGGUGCGGGCAAUGUGCGGGGAGAUGGAGGCUGUGGAGGGGAAGGAGCUAGCCAAACUACAGACAGUGCAGAUGGAUGAGGACAUGGCUGACCUUUAACCUCAAUCUCCUUACAGAAGCACUCAUGUCGGCCCAAGCAGUGAUAUGGUGAAACUUUUUACUUUUGUGUGUGUGUGCGUGUGUGUG